AUGGCACUCGAGGCACGAGAACAGCAUGCGUUUGGCAUGAAACCGGAUCCGAUCCAGAGCACGCGAGUCAUGACAGACUACGAUGUUGCGUUUAGCGCCAGGAAUGUCCUCGGAUGGGACACCGGAACGAUGGGCAUACUACGCGGACCAAGCUCUACCUGGGUAGAUCUGGAAAAGUAUCCGGCUGAGACCAGCGACAAGCGAGAUAGAUUGGAGCAUUUUGAUUUGAUGUGCCAAUUCCAUCGACCUAAUGCGGAGCGUGAACGUGCGCAGGACACUACACCACAUGGUGGGUUGCCAUCCACAUCUACAGCCGCUUGCCACCAGCAUACAGAAGAUCCGCAGAGGCAAGCACAGAAGAGUCGCGGCGUGCAAGAUGAGGCAGAACCUGCUGCUACGGGCUAG